AUGGCGGAGUUGCACACGAUUCUGGUGAAAGAGGGAGACACUAGAAACAAAGAAAGAGACUCACGAGAGGACCCCCUCGAUCAGUCGGCGCAAAAGAGCGUGUCUCUUGCUGACCAAAUGAAGCGCAAUCUCCUCAAGAAGAGCGACGUAAAACUAUUCGGAAGCGACAUCCAAAAGUUUGGCCCAAUUCAAAUGAAAAUGCCCCGCGAAAAGAGCAAAGGUGGGACUCCUCCCCUCUAUCCAAACAACAAGUCCAAUAAGCCUCCGACGAGGCAAGCCUUUGAUCUUGGGUUGCUUGGAGGAGGACCAGAAGAACGCAGUCAUGACCUAAGGGUAAUGCACGCCCCCAUAAGGCACGCCCCCAUAAUGCCCCCACCGUUGGAAGAUUCUUCGGCCACUUCCAUGGACUCCUCGACGCGUGAAAGUGAGAUGGUGAUUCCAAACCGCCAUAUUUGGGCGCAAGACCCAAUCGGGGCCAGUCAAUCCUAUAGGCAACCAAAGGCGGAUUUGGACGUUUUGUUUAGGGACGAGCGAGAUUACUACGUCGAAAACAAAGACACCAGAGAAGACGAAACCUAUUAUUCGGAAAGCUCUUAUGAGGAAGGAACGCUUGUUACUAUGGAUGAACCUACCAUGAUUAUUGAUUGUGAGGAGGAGGAUUGGAUCACGAGGCCAAUGAGCACAGAGGCUUACGGCUGUUUGUGCUGUCUACCAGGAGAAUUCUACUGA